AUGGAAGCGAAAUUCCUAAACAAUAUAACCAAAUGCAUAACAUUUAUAGGUAAUUCAGAGCUGCAAUUCAGACCUACUGUUAUAAUUGAUACUCAAUACGUUAAUAAUAAAACAAAAGGAAAUAGGUUUAGAGGAAAAUUAGCAAAGAAACUAAUGAGAAAUGGAAUACCAUCACUAACAGUUGCUGAGGGCUUAAUUUCCAAACUCCAAGAUAUAAGUUUUAAUACCCUGGUGGUUACUUACUUCGAAAAUUGUGAUGAUAUAAAUAACCUUGACUUUAGCAAUAUCGACAAAGAUAUAAAACAACUCAUGGUAACAUUUGAAUCAACUAGUAACAAUUGUAUCGAUAAACUUCAAGAGAUAAAAAACUCAGUUGAUAAAUAUGAUAUUACUUUUAUGCUCCUAAAUAUCAGGGAUGACAUAAAUAAAUUUUACACUUUUAUACCAAAAAUGGAUGCAAAUACAUGUGAAGUCGUUGUUGAACGUUAUUACCAUAUAAAUACAUGUGCAAAUGGAUUUAUGCAAAGUAAUGAAGUCUUCCCUGAGAAAGAACCGAUCAAUUUGAAUAAAUGCCCACUCAAAAUUGGAUUGGCAGCGCUACAGCCUUUCUCACAAAUCAAUGACUAUAAGAGUCUUAAAACAUACGAUCACAUUAACACGACGAAAGGUUUCGAUGUCGAUAUAUUAAAUAUCUUUGCAAACUAUUUCAACGCUACUCUAGACUUAUUCUACAUCUACAGAAAAGAAGAAAAUCCUUAUGUUAAUACUGAUUUUAUUAAUUUUAUAAUAAAUGGUAGUCUUGACAUCUGCGCAGGAGGUCUGUAUCGAAUGUAUGGAGAUGCAGUAGCAUAUUCAGGUUUAUAUGCUAGGCAAGCAAUUCUUUGGAUCUAUGCGGUUAAACGAGAUGAAAGAUCAUGGGCAACAUUAUUGGAUGAUAUGCAUGAUAUAUACAUGUUCUUUGUAUUUUAUGCUAGCUAUUCUAUUAGCUGGUAUUUGAUUUGUAAAUUUGACGGAGACCCAGUCUCUUUCAUAGAUACCUUGCUUUAUGGUUGGGGAGCGUUAGUUGGAGGAACUGCUUUAAAAGAAGUUACAUCUUUAAAACAGAAAAUUUUAAAUCUAGGUCUCUUCAUUAUGAGAAUUUAUCUAUCCGCAUACAUAAGUAUUCAUCUCUAUUCAUUCUUAACUAUAAAAGAGCCUCCAGAUAUGUUUAUUACUGAUGAUGAACUAAUGGACUCGGGCAGAGUUGCAUUUUUGGAAACUUCAACCAAAUAUUUUGUCGAUGAUGAAAGAUACCUUGAGUUUGGAAACACAACGGUGGAAUGUGUGUCUUUUAAAGAUUGUAUCGAGAAAACGUUACAGCAAAACGGAAUGACAAUGGUGUUACAAGGAAACUUCUUCCAGUUUCAAUCAGAUACUGCAAUCAAUGGCGAAGCAAGAAUGAUGAAAUUACCGGAACAUGUUUUGACAGUAUACAAUGAGAUGCUUAUAAGAAAAGACAGUCCACUAGUAGAUGAUCUUCAAAAACUUUUACAAAAUUUGUUUGAAGCUGGUAUUACUGAAGCUUUAUAUAAAAAGGCCAUAGGUCUAUUGGUAAUGGAGAAAUCUACUCGUGCUCACAGUAAUAUGCUGUCACACAGUUACAGCUGUCAAUCAGGAUGUACUAUAACAGUAGAACAGUUUGCAGUUAUUUUCUAUGCUUAUAGUUUUGGAUGUAUUUUAUCUUGCGUUGUUUUCGCUCUUGAGCUAUAUUCUAGAGGAAGACAUGUUUUAAUCUAA